CAUAGUGAACCUAAACUUCCAGUUUUUACAAACUUUGCUUCCUGGGCUUAGUCCAUGUCGAAAAAGUGAUACCUUUUUAUUUUUUAUUUUCUUAAUCUAAACGGAAUGUCUUCCGAUUGCCUAAUGGCAGGUGGACCUCGCGUUUUGGGGUUAACGUCCAAGAUUCUUCCUCUUGCUUUCCCUAAAGGAACAGAAAAACUGUGUGAACUUUGUCAAAGACCUGCGAACCUGCAGUGCGUCGAGUGUAGGGUCACUUUUUACUGCAAUGCAGAGCACCAGCAGGCUGACUGGGUGGGGAUCCACAAGAGAAUCUGUCCAUUGCUUGUACCCCUUCGUACACCAACAUUUUACAGUCUCCAAAGGGCUGGCCAGAUUGAAAUACAGCUUAAAAAGGCAGAGCUGAUGGAGAUCUGCAGAUCAGUGGCUAAGAGCAAAAUGUCUGAGGGAAAACACAAAGAAGCUCUGCCUGCUGCUUGGUUCUGUCUUCGCUGUGCCAUUGACGUCCACAGCCCCAGUUCAGUCCAACUCAUUCCUGUUUACCUGCUGCUGGCAGAGGCCAACAUGGGUAUUGGCAAUCUCACUCUGGUGGCAGAGCUACUGUCCCAGGCAGAGUGGGCGAUGUUGAAAAGCCCAGAAUAUGGUCAUGAAGUCUACCACCAGCUACACAGGAGCCGGGGACGCCUCCAUGUUGCAACUGGAAAUCUGGAAGCAGCACUGGUCCACUUUGCAAAUGAUAUUUACUAUGCUAGUGAGACGUAUGGUGUGGACAGCACUGUCACAUCGAGGGGCUACUUUCUAAUGGCUGAUGUGUUUGCAAAACAAGGAAAGACACCCAUUGCUAGCUCCUUGUACACUGAGGUGGUGCGUACCUGGCACAGCUAUCUGACCGAAAUCUUUAACACCCAGGUCCAAAAUGUCAAAAAUCCCUGCAUGUUGACAGAGCGAUCUUUUGACAAAUCCCAGCACGUUGAAGUGGAUGAGACCUUAAAAACGACACUGGAGUUCUGGCAGAAUGACUCCAGAAAAAAUUCAGGUCAGAUUGCACUGGUGGCCCACAGCCUGGCCAUGCUUGGGUUCCUGGAAGGAGACAACCUGAAGGCACUGGGAUUUGGCAACAUGGCCCUGCAGGCCUGCCAGCUGAUACCAAACCAUGACCUGACAGAGCCCAUCGAGGCCCUGCUGCAGCUGGUGAAGAGUCCACGGACAGAACCAACUCCUGGUUCUGACUAGUCACCAAACCUGUGCAUAUUCUAUUCUGAAAUGUGCUGAAUCGAGGGUUUGUUCAGUUUAUCACACAUUCAGAUAUCUCCAUGUGCAGUACAUACUGAAACUUGAAGAAAAAAACUAAAGGAGUGAAUACUUUCAUUGAAUGAUGUUCAAAAUACUGUUUUAUGAGGAUAACAGAAAAAUCAGCUCAUUACAGUCAUGCUUACCUUAGGUCGGGGUGUCUGCAGUAUUAAAAGUUGAUCAAUCAAUUUAGUUUAAAUUAAGGCAUUUAAAAAGUAUCAAGAAGUCUUAAAUCCAAGACCACAAGGUCUUCAACUUCAAAGCUGUUUUCCAUUUUUACAUAUGUCAAAAGAAGCUGAGAUUCUGAUAUAACCACAUCAGAUCCAAUGUCAUUCUACUUGCUUGUUUAUGUUCUAGCCUGUUGAGCUAUUAGCUACUAGUGUCCUUAGCUAGCAAGUUACUAUGUGAUCUAUCUGAAUGUUGGGUAUGUGCAAGUCCCCUGAGAAGAGGUAGGAGGAGAAGGUGUUGGCGCUGA